AUGGCCCCCAAGACUAAGUCUACCCCUGCAAACGGAGCCGCCGCAAAAGGCAAGCCUGCAAAGGCUACUCCCUCUACGAGCGGUACAUCCACCCCGGUCCCCAAGGCAGACGAUGUGCAGGAAGCAAUCAAGGGUCCUGCGACUGGUUCUGGGAGACCGGACAAGGCUGCGUAUGAUGCCGAGCAAGCACAAUUGAAGGCUCAAAUUGACGCUACGCAGGCUAAGCUUAACGCUGUCAGGGAUAAAAUCAAUUUAGCUACCAAGCCCAACUCUGCGAAUGACAAGCGUUCCCAGUUGCGCGCAGAGCUGGACAGCAUCCGGAAUCAGCAAGGGGGGAAUAAGGCUGCUCGGGGAAAGGUGCUGGAUCAGCUGAAGGCGCUUCAGGAUGGUAUCCAGAAAAAGGUCAAAGACCUCCAGGCUGCCAAGGCAAAGGUGCCGUUUAAGACGGUCCCUGAGCUUGACGCUCACAUCAAGAACCUAGAGAAGCAAGUUGAAUCCGGCAACUUGAAGUUGGCGGACGAGAAGCGGACGCUGCAGGAAAUCAGCCAGCUGAAGCGCGCCCGACGUACUGUGGAAGGCUUCGAAGAGCAGCAGAAGUCUAUCGAUGCCGACCGGGCUGCUGCAGAGGAGCUCCGCAAACAGCUUGAUGACCCUGAAGCCAAAGCCAUCUCGGAGCGAUUCGACGCCAUCAAGGCAGAACUUGAUGAGCUGAAGAAAGAGGGUGACGAGGCCUACGCCAACCGCAGUAAGCUCAUGGACGAGCGCAGCGCUAUCCAAGCCGAGCUCGACACCCUAUAUGCUAAGAAGCGCGAGUCGGCACAACAGUAUCGGGAGGCCAACGACCGGUACUGGCAAAAGGUCAACGAGGACCGUGCGAGACGUGCGGAGAGGGCACGUGCGCAACGCGCUGCGGAGGAGGAGGAAAAGAAGCAGAAGAUCGCGGAGCGUCUUCGCGAGGAGGCUGCCGUCCCUGCUUUCCAGACCCAGAUCGAGGACUGCCAGACGCUCAUCGACUAUUUUUCUGGAAAGUCCACGACCGCCGCCUUGUCUACAGCUUCGCUCCCGGCCAAGGAGGAAGUUGCGGGUGUGCCCAAGCUGGAGCUCCGGAAGGUGGAGGCCGGUGCUCAGGAUGGCUUGGUAGCCCGGAAAAAGAAGGGUGAGGACGAGGAUGCAUACUUCGUCGGUGGUAAGAAGGGCAAGGGCAAGAAGGGCGGCGCUAAGCCCAAGACAAAUGGUACUGAAGAAGCCAACGGAACGCCUAGCUCGCAGUUCCAGCUCCCCUUCGCCACUCUCACGGCUCUCCUUCAACUGUCAAUACCUCCCCCAUCGUCAGCUGCGGAGGUGCCUCGUGUCAUUGAAGACCUCAAAACGAAAAAGGCUUGGUUCGAGGCCAACCAGAACCGAGUUACUGCCGAAAACAUUGCGAAAGCCGAAGCUGAGAUCCAGCGGCUUACGGGUAAGAGCAAGAGCACGUCAACUGAGGCGGACGUGGAGGUCACCCCUCCGAACGGUGGAGGGGAGGAACCCCCCGAGCCAGCCCCGACACCCAAGGUGACUGAUGCAACAUCUGUUGCUGUGCCGAGUGACGAGGUGGUUGACAAGCUCGAGAGCGUGCAGGAGGAUCAAGUGGAAGCCCAGGCUCCUGAAGAACCGCAGGAGUAG